AUGACCGCCUUUCUCCUCACUCUCUGCCUCACUUCCGCCACCUCCCGCCUUCUCUUCCACGAAAAUCUAUUGAUCCGCCGCGAUCGGGCCUUUGUCGUUGCCAGUUCUCGAAGAACGACGUCCCCUCUUUCUUGUCACUAUUGUCUCCGGCGCUGGCGCUACCAAUCUGCUCUUCACCGCAAGAUCAGACGGCUCCAGCUCUCCUCCGUCCCCGCGGCAUUUCCAGCCUCCAUCUUCCUCCGCCACAACUCCGUCCGGACAUUCGGCUCGGCCAGCAACAAGGACCACCGCAUCAGCCCCAUCGAUCGAGCCACCGUGGAGCUUCUAUUCGAGUUAUCUAGCGGCACUAUGGAGGGUUCAAUCCCUCAGGCCGCCCCCCAGCCGCGCCCGCGGGUACGUAGCCGCGGAGGCACCACUGCUAGCGAGACCCUCGACACGGCGGCAACCACUUCGGCACUGGUUAGCGGGCUGCGAUCUUCGGCAAUGCCCCCGCCCCCGCUAUCCUCGGUGCCCAUGCCUCUCAGGACUGCGGCCGCUGGCGAUGACCAGGACGACGAACUGUACACGAGACCGUCACGGUCGGCAUCUGUAGCUUCCCGCUCUAACAGGCUGUCGCUCACCUUGCCGAUCGCCCUGCCGACCGCCUUAUCGUCACGGCCGAUGCCGGCGUCAGCAACCGUUGCCUCGUUCCCCUCUACGCCUGUCGACAUUUCGGCCGUUCUGGCCAAUCCGUCCGACCCGGCCGAGAUCAUCACAGCCAUUGCCGCACAGGAGCGACGAGUCCUCGAGCUGCGGGAAGACCUUCUUCGUGCCGAGGCGGGCCUCUCGAAGUUGAAGAGGCAAUGGCAGACGUACGAGGUACAGCGCAAGAGGGCAGAGAUCCGGCGGACUGAGCCCAUGCGGCAGAUGUCUACGAGGUCGGUGGCAGCGUCUCCGGCCACAGAGGUGGGAUCUGUGUCGAUGAACGGGUCGGACGUGCCAACAUCGGAUCCGGGCGAUUCUGCCGAAGCAAAGCGCAGCGGUGAAAUGGAAAGGCGAAAGGCACUGAUGGUUAACCAGCAAACGGGGAGCGUCCCAAGCACUCCGACCCAAGCCAAGAGGCGUGUGUUCACGGGCAGGCACACGAGGGCACUGUCUCUGCUCUCGCCUACGAAAACGGCAGUGUCGGAUGGGGUUUCCAUCCACGACGACCAGACCGAUGAUGAGGGAUUCUACAAGUCUCCCGCUUCGUCGCACGAACCAGACUCUCCCUUCCACCAGAACCUGAGCCGGUACGGACCCAAGUCUGCUGUCCAGCUGCCAAAGCGGUCUUCUUGGGCACCACAGUCUGUGCACCAGGCGGCAGGUCUCAAGCAGGUCGCCGGCGACCUCACGGCUGCUAUGUGGACAUUUGUGGAAGACCUUCGCCAGGCCACGGUGGGUGACGAAGCUGUCCACGGAAACACAUUGGCUAUGCGCAAUGGGGUUGGGCCUUUCGGCGACGAAGAUCAGCAGGGUACGAUUCGUGCGUCGACCAACAACGCAACCCGGCCAAACCUGACCAGAGCCUUCACAGCCGAUACGCAGGCAACGGCCACGUCGACUCCUCGGAAUGUGAACCCAGAUGACCAGAAUACAAAGGAUGGCGUGGCACCGGAUGCGGGCAACGGCGGGACGAAGCUUUCGAGAUCGGGGUCGAAAAAGACGAACAAGCGCUUCUCGUGGACGCCCCUCACAGUCGAUUCGUACGACGACAACGAGUGGUCGAGCUGGGAUAGUCCGCCGACGACGAAGUCACCUCGAUGGAGCGGGUCGACGAUGAAUGCAGACGUCUCUGGGAUACCGGAGCAAGUCGACGAGAACACAACAUCGCUGAACAAUGCUAUGGUUUCGUCAUCGUCAUCGCCGUCAGCCAAGAGGACGACCGAAUGGUCGGCUGCGCUAAACCGGCUGACGCCCGGCAACAUCAAGCGGACGGCCACUGACUUGAUGAAGGAGUGGGAAAAGAGCCUGACCAUGCCACUUGAGACCGCUGCGGCACAGGAUUUCACUGGCAGCACACAAAUGUGA